AUGGUUUCAAAGCUUAUUUCCAGAGUAUUGGUUAGAGAUAAAGUAGCCUCAGAUAUUACUCGCCGUGAACGCUUUGAGAAGCCGAAAAGAUGGCGUAGGCGCUUCAUGUAUGAAAGAUGCAAAAGAAUCUACGAUUGUGAAAUGGCCAGAAAAAUAGAUAUGAUUACACCGCUUUACAGGAAGGAGCCAUGGCCUAGAUAG